AUGAACAACAUGCCACAAUUCCUAUUUGGCAAUGAUGUGAAUUACUCAACUUACUCACCUCGGAGUAUCAACAAGACGUUUAGCAUUGUAUUGAAGAACGUUGACGGCACAAUCGACGAAAAAGAAUUGCUGAACGAUAUUCAAGCUAUUGAAAAUGAAGUGACUGCAAUUCAUCGUAUCAAAAAUGCGGCAUUAGAUAAACCAACGCCACUAGUGCGUAUUGAUUGUGGUACAGAAACUUGUCGUGAUCGUUUAUUAGCUAUACGUAAAUUAGUCGUCUCACCGUUUGCAUUUCCAAUCGUCGAAUACAUUCCCCCAACAAAGAUAAUUCGCUGUUACAAAUGUCAAGGAUUAGGACAUUACGCACAUAAUUGUCUUAAUCAGUUGAAAUGCUCGAAAUGUAGCGGUCCACAUUCCAUCGAGAAAUGUGUUUCAACUACGGUAACGUGCUCCAACUGUGGCGGUGAUCAUCGGGCUUCCUAUCCGGGGUGUAAAGCCCGUUUAUCUUACAUUAAUGUUCUGAAAAGCAAACAAUUUUCGAGUGUUGUUUCUAACACUUCACAACAACAAAGACAACAACCAACUUAUUCUACUGCUGCCUCUCAUUAG